UGUGUUUGCAGAGAGACGCGAAAAUGAGCCAGCCGAGUGGAAUUCUGGAGCAGGAACUGAGCUGUGCUAUUUGUCUUCAGUUGUACAAUGAUCCGGUGUCCUUGCCUUGUGGACACAGCUACUGCUUGGCCUGUGUUCAGACCAGCCAGAAGUCAGACCUACCUGGGGGUCAACCACGCUGCCCAGAGUGCAGACAGGAGUACGAUGGCUUGGAGAGUUUGCUCAGAAACUUCAAACUAUGUGGAAUUGUGGAAGGUUACCGCAAGGCCAUGUCUGCUGGUGGCUUUAAAAUGGGUAAAUCAGUGGUGCCAUGUGACCAGUGCUUGGAUGGAACAGAACCUGCUGUGAAGACAUGCCUUCACUGUGAGACCUCUCUGUGUCAGGGUCAUUUAAAAAAGCACCAAGAACGCCACAGGUCCAAAAGUCAUGCCCUUGUAGAGCCACUGCCUGACCAGGACCAGAGGAAAUGUCCAGAUCACAGACAAGAGCUCGAGUUUCUGUGCUUGGAGGACCGCAGUUUUCUCUGCAAUGAGUGCGUAAUUGAAGGAAAGCACAGAAACCAUGAAGUCCAGACAUUUGAAGCUGCUAAGAGUGACCUGAAGCGAGUGUUGGAAGGGCUGGAGAAGGCCACCCAUGACCGCCUCCAAAUGACUGAAGCUCUGCUCAGGAGGUCUCAGGAGACUGUCAGAAACCCAGAGACAAGUGUAGAUAUGCUAGCAGCCAAGGCUACAUCACUGCUGGACAGCUUGGCAGUACAAAUCACUGCUUACAAGGAGCGUAUGAGAUUGCUUAUAGAAGAUGAAAUACGUGAGUGCAAUAAAACCUGGCAGGCGAGCGUGGCUGCCAUGAGGGAAUACCAGCACCAGCUUAGCAAUGCCCAGCGCUCCGCUAGCGAGUUACUAUCCUCUUCCCCUGCCGACUUCAUCUUCCUGCAGCUGUACAUUAACCUGGAGCCACAGCUACGUCAGGCAGCUAACGUGACCAUCCCGAGCCUUCCUGCGCCUCAACCAACCAACACCAAGCGGCUUCGGGCUAGCCUUAGCACAGACACCUUCAGAUCAGAGCUGACCCAGGAACUCCAGAAUCUCCACAGCUUGAUGAAUCCGCUGGACCUUAGCUUCAAUCCUGCUACACUACAUAACAGUCUUAUUCUAUCCAUGGAUUUACUGACUGUGAAGUACUGGAGUGGAGCGAAACCCAGUCAUAGCAACGGAGACCAAAACGAACGCUUCACUACCGCAGUGCAGGUCAUGUGUUCCCAAGGGUUUGCACAAGGCGUCCACGUGUGGACAGUACAGCUAGGUCCACACUGCAUGUGGUCAGUUGGGCUUUGUUAUGCUAGCAUUCCCCGCAAAGGUGACCACAGCAAGCUUGGGCACAACACCCUCUCCUGGAGGCUGCAGUGGAAAAACAAGAAGUUGACAGCGUGCUAUGAUUCCAUCAGCACCAACGUGGGUGAUGGGUCUGCAGUGCCACCCAAAAGGCUGGAGGUGGCGUUAGAUUAUGACGGAGGCUCUCUAGCUUUCUAUAGCAUUACAGCUAAAGGGAGGAAGCUGCAUCUACACACGUUUAGAGCUGCGUUCAAGGAGACUGUGUAUCCUGCAUUUGGGCUGCACUCGACCAGUGGCGAGUCUUGGAUCACGCUGAUGAAUACAGCCAUAUAACCUGCACAUAGGAAGUUUAAAUGGGAGAGUUUGAUUAAAAAUGCUAAUGUUUCUUAAUCACUAAUAAUCAAUGAAAAUUAAUAUCUAAAGAAAUCAGUACAUGUAGAUAAAUAUAUACAAAUAAUGUUCUGCCCAGUCUUCCACCUGUCUGUGUACUCCCUUUUAUUUUCAUCAUGAUAUCAAACAAAUAGGUCAUACUAGUUUUUAGCUCCAAACUUCUAUACAUUAUUUUCCUGCUUGGAUGAGGUAUUAGCUUAAUAAUUUCAUGUUUGUGUUGAUAUUCUAAAUAAAAUCUUUGCAUCUACAAUUAACUAAUGCUAGUGUAAACAGUAAACAACAACAAUAGAAGAGUUUCAGGUUCUGAUUUACCUUUUACUGUGUUUGGUUUUAUAUGUUUGGUAGUACUCUGGUUAUAUUAUAUUUUGGUUUUAGUUGCUUGACUCAUACAUAUCAAUCAAUGUUCUAGCCUCACUCAUAAAAUCAUAUGCAAAAGUUUGGGCAGCCCUGGUCAAGUUCCAUGUUCCAGUCCAUGUUGUACAUUCCAUUUUCUAAAUGUCAAUGAAUUGGCCUCCACAGAAAACACACUUCUGUGCAUAUGAAGGCACAAUUGCUGUUGAUUUACUGAAUUUAACAUAUUGGGAGGAAACAAAACAUACAAUUUCACCUGUGUUAAAGUUAUGGCAUAUGUUGUGUUUCAUUUUUUUCCUACUAUGUUAAACUCAACAAAUAAAUUGAAAUGGCCUGAAAUCAAGUACCAGCCCACCAGUACCUCAUUUACAUCUGAUUUAUAUAAAGCACACUCAAAUUUACAUAGAUGUUUCCAAUAAAACAACAGCGUUCAGUGCCUCAUCAGCCAAUGGCUGCGCUGGUAGGGUUGUGAGUUGUGAGUGCACUGCAACCCCCACAGACCAAACUUUCUAGUGUUAAAAUUAAGACCACUGGAAAGAAUAGAACGUGAAAUAACCAAAAUGUCUUGGUGUUUUUCAAGAUAGUGUAAAAUAUCAUAGUUUAAAUGCUGUAUUAUUGCACUAGCUGUGUUUUUAUGUAUAUUUGGUGAGCGGAGUCAGUAAUAUAAAACAGAAGUGAAGUGUAAAAUGUCUUCAAAUGGAACGUGUAAUAGCUGCAGGGUUGGUUUAUAUCAAUGUGCAUGUAAAAUGACUUUGAAAUUAUUUUUAUUGCACAAAUUGUUAAUAUUAUAGGCACUGUGUAUUUGUAUACUUAUUAUUUGUAUUAUACAUGAUAUUAAUGAUAGUUUUGUUCAGUUAAUCACAAAUCAAGCUUUUUUAUCCUUCAGAUCAAACUGAUGAAUGACAUAAUUGGGAGAGAAAUUAGCUCAUCUUUUGGUCGUUUUAGUAUCAGGUUUGAUGAACAAGGACUUUUGUUGAGAAGGUUAAAAGGAAGCUGAGUUGUGACAAACAUGAAAUUAAAGAAGGAAACAAAUACAACUUUCUUUCUCAUAUGGAAAAAUUAUAUCCCAAUGUAUAACAUGGCCACAAUGUUUUAUUAAAUAUAUUUUAAAAUGCU